ACCACGCUGUGGUUACCAUAACAACGCCCCGAGCAAGGGGCUCCGUGGAGCGUUCCGAGACACGUCCCAAAAUAUGAUUGGCUUAGCUAUCUGCAAAAGGCGUGGCCAGGGUUUGUGUUUGGAACGUCUCCUCGGUUUUGAAAUUCAAACUGCCAGUGGCGGGUAAACGGCACAGCAACACAGAGAGGCGAGACGAGGACUAACUAAAGGAACUCCACAAAGCUUUAAAAGAAAAUACAAACGGCUUCAACCUUGCAAGCCGUGGCCUAAACGUCUAUUUUGAUAUCGUUCUGAAGUGCCUUUCUCAAAAAGAAAACAACAAUUCCAAAGCAUGUGAAACCAUGUGGAGCAGGAUUGUCAAGCUCCAGACCUAAAAUAAUAAAUACAAUAAUGACAUGAGGCUCAUCAUAAGCCUCAAUUCAAAGCACCUUGAAUUCCUACAAUUUACAGAAAGGUUUUACCUUUUACAAGAUGAACAUUUCUAAGCUAACGGUUAAAAAAAACAAAAUGAGGAUUGCUUACAAGUAGAAAAAUCUUUACUGAUCAGAAAAAAGGUUAUGGAAACAGACGUCACAUUGGUUAUACAGUGAACAGGUUAAAGGCAUCCACAGCACAUGUGUCUUCAGUUUCCAUGUGAACAAAAACAAGAAAUGGCCUGCAUCUUAAAUUGGAGUACAGCAUAGUGAUCUGUGUACUAAAAUCUCCAACAGAAGACGUGCCUGUCCGAACAGCUCAGCUCCCGAACAGCUCAGCUCCAGGCAAGGCUUCCUGUUUGCCACAGCAGCACAAAUAAAAUCCUAUGGUAUUAUAAACUUCACAAGAAAUACUAUGUCCCUUCAAUUAUAAAGCCACCCCUGCUAUUAAGGACAGAUUUUGCCCCUUUAAUGGCGUUAGUAGUACUGAAAAGGGAAUCGUGGACAGUGUGAAGAUGGCGUCUGUCCAGAUUAAAGAGGAGUUCCCUGAACUUGAACUGGUCCCCAUUAGAGUGGAGUUCUCUGGGCUGGCUUCCCUCCCCAUUAAACAGGAGCUCUGUGAGAUACAAUGUGACAGCAGCCAGCUAGAGGUCUCUGAGAUUAAAGCUGAGCACAAUGAAUUGGAGAUCCCCCAGACAGAAGAACCCCUUCAUGUUAAACAAGAAGAGGUGCUGGAAACUGUCUGUAUUAAACAGGAGCCCCCUGAAGUAGAGUUUGACCACAUGGAACCAGGGAAGGAAGAAUCCGAGGACUUCAAACCAAACAUCCCUGAGCUGGAGCCUGUACGCCUGCGGGAGUGUAGCGUGGUGCUGGAGAGAAUCUGUGUGAGAGAGCAAGGCGCUGGAGAGGAUGGCUCUCCCAACAGCACGCAAGGAGGUGGAAAGGAAGACGGGCGCUCCCAUUCAGAAUGCAGUCUAGCAGGUUCCAGUCCAGCAGCUAAAGCGAGGGCGGGCGCUGGAGAAUAUCCUGACUAUGGGAAAGGUUUCACCCAGUUAGGAAACCUUGCAAUACACCAGCAGAUUCACACAAGAGAUAAACUGUAUUGCUGCUCUGACUGUGGGAAGAGUUUCAAUUUGUUAGGAAACCUGAAAAAACACCAGCGAAUUCACACAGGAGAGAAACCUUAUUGCUGCUCUGACUGUGGGAAGAUUUUCAGUCGGACAGACUCCCUUAAAACACACCAGCGAAUACACACAGGAGAGAAACCGUAUUAUUGCUCUGACUGUGGGAAAAGAUUCAAUCAAUUAGCAAACCUUGGAACACACCAACGAAUUCACACAGGAGAGAAACUGUGUCAAUGCUCUGACUGUGGGAAGAGUUUCAGUCAAUUGGGAAACCGAGAAGACACCAGCGAGUUCACACAGGAGACAAACCCUAAGUACCAUUUUCGAUGGGACUUUUUACUCGUAGGAAGAAACAUUAACCUUGCAUUAUGAAUCCCUGUGUAAUUACUGUUUUGUAUAUCACUCUUAAGAGCAUGCAUUUUAAAUGGUAAAAAUGCUCUCCCCAGAAAGUGGGCGGAGACGCGGACACGUCACAAGAGGCUUCUCUGCUGUCAAUUUAACUCAGGUUGUCAAUCCAGUCAGUGCCUGGGAGCAGGAAUAUGCAGAAAGGAAUAUUUUGCACCUCAUCUGAUGGACGAGUCAGGAGAAAUUGAUAACUCAGUGUGGGGAAUGAGUUUCAGGGUUUAGCAUUUAAACUGCAUAGACUUGAAAAUAAAUACAUUGAUGUGAACGAGUAUCCUGACCCCCAGUAUGUAGCAUCCCAGAGACAAGACUGCACCGUCCUUACUGGACAACCGCCUGGAGGGUUUGUCUUGUAAAUUCAUCACGAUUCUAAAACGAAUGAGAAAUGAUAGUGUCCCAUGGCUGUAUUAUGACGUGAAUGGCUGAAGAUCGCGUGACAUGCAGCUUUGCACACAUCACACAAUAAGUAAAAUGAAAUCAUGAUCUUCAAUUGAAUUAAUAGUAAUAUUUUAUAUUAUCUCUAAACCACUGUGCAUGCAUAUUUAAUAUUUAUUUGGCAGCUCAAAGGCUCCAGUCUGACUAUAGUUUCAAAAUGACCAUCCACCUGUACACAAGGGUGAUUUAGAUUGAGGGGGUUUCCACUCUGAUGUUCGGCGCGGCUGCAUCUUUGUCACAGCAUAGCGUCUGGAUGAAUUUAUACAUCCAGAUCAACAAUUGAUGCAUUUCUUACUUGCAAAAGAAAAACAAAGGAAGAAAACACACAAGAGUCUGCAGGCGUCUAUGCCAAUUCCCUUUGGAUCAUUUUACAUUGUCUUUAAUUGUUAGUUAUUAGAGAUGUAUUUUAAGGUUGAUGUUUUUGAUAUUGUAACUAUUUUAAAUGGCACAUCACUAUGCUGAGCUGGGUAGUACAUGGUAACUUGGUAGACAUUUACAGUGCAGAAUGUUUUCGGUUCUUUAUAAUAACGUUGCUGACUAGAAAGUGAAUCCGUGUGUUUCCGAUGACAUUCCCAAGUACUGUCUUUUGAUUCUGUGCGUGCAAAGACUUUUAUUAUUAUUAUUAUUAUUAUUAUUAUUUAUUUCUUAGCAGACGCCCUUAUCCAGGGCGACUUACAAUUGUUACAACAUAUCACAUUAUACAUUAAGACUUGCUAUUACAAGUUAAGAAUUACUGUUUGGUAUUCCAUCCUUAACCAACAGUAUGUCCCAAACUGACUUGAAUUAUAUAAGAAAUAA